CCUGGCCCUCCAGGUGGCCCCCCUCCUGGCCCUCCAGGUGGCCCCCCUCCUGGCCCUCCCUCAUUCUCAGGGAUGAAUCAGCAGAUGGCAGGAAUGAAUCUAGGCCCACCAGCUGGCCCUCCCCAGGGCAUGCCAUCAGGGCCCAUGAUGAAACAACACCCCUCAGGACCAGGACCAAUGGCUAAUGGUCUUCCUCAAGGUGGGCUUCAGAAUGGUCCUCCUGGUCCAACCCCUAACACAGCAGGUGGGCCACCAACUGGCCCUCCCUCAGGGGUACCUGGAGCGUCACCAACAGGACUACGACAUCCUACACCCUCCACCCGGAGCUUCUGGGCCACAGGGAAGUUCCCCAAGACCAAUGGCUCCUCAGAUGACAGCUCCUCCUCGCCCUGCACAGCCUGGCUUCCCCCCGUCGUCUGCGUCAGGCCCUGUGGGGGCAGGGCAGCCUAGUUAUUCACCUAUGCAAGGUGCCCCUGGUGGGCAGCCCCCUUACCCUCCUUCAUCAGGAACACAACCUAAUUUCCCACCAUCAUCUAUGGCUGGUCCAAUGGGCGGACAACCCUCGUUCCCAACAACAGUGGGUGCUCCUCCAGGAGGACAGCCAAGUUUUGCUCCAUCAUCGAUGGGAGGCCCACCAGGUGGGCAGUCUGGCAUGCCUCCUUCAUCAAUGGCUGGUGCACCAGGUGGACAGCCAGGCUUCCCUCCUUCGUCAAUGGCUGGUGCACCAGUUGGGCAGCCAGGCUUUCCUCCUUCGUCAAUGGCUGGUGCACCAGGUGGGCAGCCUGGCAUGCCUCCUUCGUCAAUGGCUGGUGCACCAGGUGGGCAGCCUGGCUUCCAACCUGUGUCAAUGGCAGGACCUCCAGCAGGAGUGCGUCCAAGUGGGUUUCCUCCAUCUUCCAUGGGAGGACCUCAGCCUCAGCCUGGAGGACCUGUUUCUAUGGGUGUACCACCACGACCUGGUAUGCCCCCAGGCCCUGGUAUUCCCCCAGGGCCUGCUAUGCCCCCAGGUCCUGGCAUGCCCCCGGGACAAGGGAUGCCCCCGGGACAAGGGAUGCCCCCAGGUCCUGGCGUGCCCCCGGGACAAGGGAUGCCCCCUCGUCCAGGGAUGCCUCCAGGACCUGGGAUGCCUCCCCGUCCUGGGAUGCCGCCAGGACCAGGGAUGGCACCUGGGCCAGGGAUGCCUCCAGGACCCAGACCAAACAUGCCUCCUACAAGUAGUGCAGGUGGCCCUCCGGUCAAUGGUAUGGGAGGUGGCAUGCAGUCCAGGUACCCAGGCUCAGGAGCAGGGCCAGGUGCAGGGGGCUACCCCAGCGCACCUCAAAGCCAAGGGCGCAGGCUGAACCCAGAUGACAUGCCCAGUCCUUUGCAGGUCAUGGAAGAGGACAGUCGAUGCAGAAGUGGAGAGUUCAUAACUAACAUCAAGGGACAGGUUCCACCUCUGGUGACAACGGAAUUCACAGUAAAGGAUGGUGGCAAUGCAUCGCCACAUUACCUUAGAUCGACAAUGUACAGCAUCCCUCACACCCCAGAUAUGAUAAAACAAACUCACGUUCCCUUUGGCCUUGUCAUUAGCCCCCUGGCCCAGGUGGGCAGCCAUGACAGUGCCUUGUAUAUUGGAACCAGCUUAGAAUCGGGUCCUGUCAGGUGCAACAGGUGCAAGGGCUAUAUGAGUCCUCUCAUGCAGUUCAUGGAUGGUGGAAGGAAAUACCAGUGCAAACUGUGCCGUGGUGUAGUGGAAGUGCCAAAAGAAUAUUUCUGUCACAUGGAUGGCCAAGGAUCACGUGCAGACAAGUAUCAGCGGCCAGAGUUGUGCUGUGGUACUUACGAAUACAUUGCCACACCGGAAUAUUGUCGAGACAAGCAAUUGCCUAAGGAGCCUGCCUUCAUCUUCGUCAUAGAGAUGAGUCUGCUGAUGAUGCAGCGAGGAGUGAUUCAUCUCUUAUGCCAGAAUAUGAAGUCCAUUCUGGAGCACUUGCCGCGGGACUGUGCUAAUGGCACUCCAGACACUGAAUCACGGAUGAAGGUUGGCUUUAUCACUUAUGACUCUGCAGUUCACGUCUACAAGCUUGAUGGACAGGCCCCAGAAAUGUGUGUCGUCUGUGAUCGUGAUGAGAUGUUUGUACCAGUGCCUGGAGGAGUUCUCUGUAGCCCUCAGGAGGCUGCAGAUAACAUUGAUAAAUUAAUGGAAAGUAUUCCAGACAACUUCAAGGCCACACGUGAGACCUCGGGUGCCCUUGGCUGUGCCAUUCAGGCAGGGAUGGCUGCCUUGCAGGCCUCUGGUAGGGUUGGCAAGUUGAUUGUUUUCCAUUCCUCUUUGCCUGUGGGUGGUGGCCCUGGCAGCUUAAAGAACAGAGAGGAGAGGAAACUUCUUGGCACAGAGAAAGAGAAAAGUGUGCUGACACCACAAGGAAGCUACUACAAUAAUCUUGGCCAAGAUUUGGUUGCUGCUGGCUGCUCUGUUGAUUUAUAUGUAUUUAAUGAUGGCUAUGUAGACUUAGCAACCAUUGGCCAAGUACCUAGACUAACUGGGGGCCAAAGCUACAAGUAUACUUUCUUCCAGUCCAACAAAGAUGGUCCUAGGCUUUUGGAGGACCUUAAACUUAACAUAGGAAGAAAUAUCGCUUUUGAUGCUGUGAUGCGGGUUAGAACGUCACAAGGUGUGCGACCUGUGGACUUCUUUGGCCAUUUCUUCAUGUCGAACACCACUGACAUAGAAUUAGCAAGCAUAGAUGCCAGUAAAGCUAUUGCAAUAGAAGUGAAGCAUGAUGACAAGCUGACAGAGGAAGAUGGAGUAUAUAUUCAAGUGGCCUUGCUAUAUACCUCUUGCAAUGGCCAGAGGCGACUGCGUAUAUUAAAUAUGGCUCUUAAUAUCUGCACUCAAAUGGCUGACCUUUAUAAGAACUGUGACUUAGAUACUCUAAUGAACUUCUUUGGUAAACAGUCAAUUACGAGGUUGUUGGAGACCAAUGCAAAACAGGUAAAGGAUGACCUUAUCAGCAGAACAGCAAACAUCUUGGCUUGUUACCGCAAGAACUGUGCAUCCCCUUCGUCUGCUGGACAGCUUAUACUUCCAGAAUUAAUGAAGUUAUUGCCACUUUAUAUUAACUGCCUGAGCAAGAGUGAUGCUAUGAGUGGUGGCCAGGACCUGACUUGUGAUGAAAGAUCGUUGCAAAUGUAUCUCUUGAUGGCCAUGUCAGUAGAUGCAUCGGUUGUGUACUAUUACCCUCGUCUCAUUCCCCUCUUAGAUGACGAUCCACAGAACACCGGAGUUCCUGCUCCACUUCGCACGUCUUAUGACAAAUUGCGGCCAGAUGGUGUAUUCUUGCUGGAAAAUGGAAUCCAGAUGUUUAUUUGGGUUGGUUCCAGCACUUCUCCAACUUGGUUAGACAAUGUGUUUGGAGUAAAUGCUCCCCACCAGCUAGACCCUGUCAUGGCUGAGCUGCCUGAGCUGGACAAUCCUGUCUCGAGGAGAGUGCGGGAUAUCAUUGCUACAAUUCGUGCUCAAAGGAAGAGGCACGUUAGGAUGUUUGUGGUUCCACAACAAGGAAAGCAUGAAAUGGUAAUGCGAAAUUAUUUAGUAGAAGACAAGAGUAUGUACGGUGCUCCUAGUUAUGUAGACUUCCUCUGCCACGUACACAAGGAAAUCCGCGCGCUCCUUUCCUGAGAUAGGAAGCAGCACUACCCGUGGACAUCACCAUCAGUGUCAUCGCCGUCUGUUGACUCCUUCCCCUCCAGUAAUUUGAGUUACCCUUGUGAGGCCCUGUUAUCUCCAUCACAGCCUGCCCUUCCUCAGCUCAGUUCCAGUGUAACUGCCUCCAGCAUCACUACCACUACUGUAGAAAAUGUAGAUCAUAGAGGAAUCCCCAGCACCUCGACCAUCACGCCUCAAGCCCAGUCAGGAGGAGGGUCGUCUCCACUUUUCCAAAGGAAAACAACCUUGGAUGCCAGCAUCCCAUCCCAAUCUCAGCCUAAGGGCAAAGUCACCUACCCGGGAGUAGCCUUCACACUCAAGAAUUGGCAUUGACGUUCCUUGAGGUAUCCCUCAUUCCUUCCCUGCUUAUUUCUAUUUGUGGCCAUGACUGAAUUAAGGUGAUAGGUGAUGCAACAGCAAUUGUUAAUCUGCAGCCUUGUGCUAAGCUAAAGUUACAGGAAACAGAAGGAUUUUACAGUUGCUGUCUGUGUAGCACCUGUGAUUUGCAAAACUAAACUCAUGGGUAGUGCUGAUUGUGUCAUGCUUCUAUUAAGGUAGAAAGGUUAUGAUAAUUCUGAAAUAAAAGAUCAAAUGGAACAUACUGAGAGUACGAUUGUUUGUCACAGAAGGUACUUGAAAGGGAACUGAAUGGCGAUGGUUAGAUUUUUAUACAGACUUUGUUACCUUGUAGCUUUCUUCUGAGGAGAGGCAUCGUGUUGAAUGAGCAAGGCUUGUCCCGGUGAUGUAUGCUGUGUCAGUGGAGAAAGAUUUAUUUUUAUGUAAACUUAAUACUUGAUAGAUUUUCACAUAUAAGGAAUUUUUUAAUGAACAACUAUUUUAUGUUUUACAUUAUCAGAAGUUUAGUUAGUAAGGGAAUACUGCAUUUCAUUUUCGAAGCUCUUGUUAUUUAAUUGGUCAAAUAGAAUUCUAAUGCGUAUUGGGAGGAGAAUUUGUCAGAUAAAUAUUAUUAUAUUAAGCCAGUUUUUAUGGCAAAUGCAAUAUGUUAUAUUUCGGUGUUAUGUUAUUCCAAGUCCAGUAAAGUUGUUGGCUUGUA